AUGGCUAUGCAAGAGCACCUGCGAAUAAAGGAACGUCACCGCUGUUCAAUAACAGCUCUUGGCUACCAUUCAGCUCGACGGGAAUGUCUCACUGGGUUUGAAGAUGGAGUGAUCAAAUGGUGGGACAUGGGAAGUGGGCACAUGACCUUGUGCUCCAAAGAACAUGCUGGCUGGAUCACCCACUUCCUUUCCUGGAUACAGGCACGGCUCCUCUUCUCUGCCUCCAAUGACAGCUCUGUGCUGGUUUGGGCUCCAGGUGGUACAGUGCUUGACCGUAUUCUGUUGGGCUACCCCAUCUUCACCUUGGCAAUCAGCCUUACUCGGCAUCUCCUUCUUUGUGGCAGCAAAGGACGCCUGACAGUCUUCCCCUUGGAUGAAAAAAGAGAAUCUGGGCACACAGUCAACAUUACCCAAAGCUUUUCUGAAUGGACUCACAAAGACAUUGUGUCCUGCAUCACCUGCCUUGACAAUCACAUUUAUACUGCUGGCUAUGACAAAAAACUGCUGAUCUUUGACACUUACCAGACCCUGGGCAGAAAAGGCCUGACAAAGAAGCAGUGUAUUUCACGUGCCCACAAUGCAGCCAUCACCCAUUUGAUUCUGGUGCGCCAGCAAGAAACUACAAGGGUGCUUUCGGGCUCCUUUGACCAGACCGUUGGCAUCUGGUCCCAGGAUGGCAAGUUGAUCCAGCGCCUCGGCCCCUUCAGCAGUAACAUAACUGGACUGUGCUAUGUAGCACCCAUUGGCGUCAUUUGGAUUACUAGCGGCACUUCCCAGCCCACCCUUUAUGAGCCGCAGUCUGGAGAAAUAGGCAACUUUGAUAACCAAACCCUGGUCCUUGACAGGGUCAUCUUUGUAGAACAGCUGGAUAUUCUAGUGAUGUCAGCAACCAAUGGGAGUAUUUAUCUCUGGGAAUUUGAGACCUUCAUCCCAGGUGCUCAGCCCAUUGUCCAGCAAAAUAAGUCUGCAUUGGAUCAAGACUCCAAAAUACUAGGAAAAGAUUGUGCUCAAGAUAAGAUGGUCUGUGACCCUUCAAGCAGUUGUAUCUCAGAUCUCAUAUGCAGAAUAGUAUUGUGUGGACACACCGGCAUGAUUACAGCACUUGCAUUGGUGACAGAUGAGAAUGGUGUUCAUGCCCCUUAUCUGCUCAGUGGCGGAUGGGAUGGAAGGCUGUGCCUCUGGAAUCUUCAAAAGCGCUCCUUUCAAAAUGCCUUCUCCAAUCUGCCUGGGGAUAACGGGCCUAUCCUGGAUGUGGCCUGUUCCCAGAAUAGGAGGGAAUUUGCCUUUUCUACCAGCACUGGAGUUUUCAUCUGCGCUUUCAAUUUUCAUUGUGCUGAUCUGGAGCUCAUGGCUGAGCUCUGUGGGCACAAGAUCACAGUCCUAGCCCUGGCAUGGCACCCGCAGCAAAACAAAUGGGUCACUGGUGCUGAAGAUGGCACCAUUCAAGUUUGGAGUAAAGAUGGUGGAUGUUGUGUGCGGAAUAUGAAAGCCCCUAGAGGAAUCACUUGUAUUUGCAUUGACCAGAUCAAUGGAUGUAUUAUGGCAGGAGAGCACGAUACUAUCAGGUACUUAUCCUUGAAUAGGUUUGUAACUCUGCCUUUUUCUAUUUGCAGGAUUUAUGACCCCAACUCUGGAGCACUGGUGCAGAGUUACACAGGGCAUCAAGAUUCUAUCAAGGGUCUCAUCCAUGUCCCAGAAAUGAAACAGUACGUGUCAGUUUCACUGGAUGGCACAGCACGCAUAUGGAAGGCCUACCAUCAAGGGGGAUAGCCCAAGUCACAGUCAACUGUCAACUUUAUUAUUAUCCCACAUAACAUCUAAAAUCCAGGUUUUAUUUUAUUAAACUUUUAUUGUGGCCUUUGGGCCAGAGAACACAAUAAAAUACACAAACUUUUUUAAAAAAUGAAAUUUACAUAAGGCACAUUAUAACUGUAGUACAGAUGGCAGGGGCAAUCAGUGAAGUUUGUGCUAAACUUCAAUCCUAGGUAAGAUAGAUACAACAAAUCGUUGCACAAAACCAAGCUAGAAAGAUAAUGGCAUGAUCCUGGUCACUUAGAAACAGUGACUAACAGACAUCGUGCUCUCUACUAUGGUAGUUCUUUAAAAUGAGAUAAAUAUAUGUCUUCCUAGAUUCCCUAUAUAGAAAGCAACAGGGGAACCCAGAUUCCAGAGAGCCAUUUCCACAUGAGUAUAAGCACUGCUGAAAAGGGAUGUUUUUAUACCCCCAGUAUCACUCAACACUGCAGAAGGUAGUGAAACCAACCUGGCCAAGGUAAAAAGCUCAAUGAAAUUUCAGAAUUAGAAUUGAAGAGAUGAUACACAUCACAUUUGAGAGGAAUACGUUUAACUAUAGGGUGGGAUACUAGACUUAAAACUGGCUUGAAAACCAAUGUCCCAGAGAUGUUUUUUAAGAUGACUCCUGGCAUUUUAAAAUAUUAAUGAACGGACUUUCCAAAUAGAGUUCUAUGGACUAGUUUGCUAUUAGCUUUUGUUAGCCAGGUUGAUUUUAAAUGAUUUUUAGGGUAUCACUGGAAGCAGACCCACAAGAUAAAAAAAUCAAUUUCAACAGAAAUUAAGGAGAAAAACCACACUUGCCCAAUAAAUGUAGGUGCCAUGAUUAGGAAGCUUGGAAUUGCACUCCAAGAUAUUUAUAUGUAUGUUCCUUCUCUACUGAAGUCAGUUUGAUUUGUUUUGAUGUGAUUUUAAAAAAAAAUCCACAGAUCUGCCGACUCUUUAUGCACAGACAACUAUUAAAAACAUCUGCAAGGAAUGUAAGCCUACUUAAUGCCUGGGACAGGGUUUCAGAUUGUGUCUCUGCAAUGUUUCCUCUCUUUUCUUAGCCCCUUGUUUUGUUUUGUUUUGUUUUGCUCUCUCUCUUUUCUUACCCUAUCUUUACAGGAAAUAAAUUAUUCCUGAAAAACCAGCUGUUAUAAAGAAAAUAAACUAAGCUAAAUAAGUACAUGAAAAAGUUGUGUGGAAAUUGUGAUGUGGACAAUAUGGAAUUUUGCCCAUGACUAUGUUCUCCAACAUACAAUCUGAACUUAUAAAGGCAAUGAACCAUUUGGACACUCUUCAAGGCUGAGGGAGGAACUUCCAAAUGUAGCAUGAUUCUUAGGGCAGUACAAUUUAUUGUAUGUAUUCAUGUCACUGAGACAUCUUAGACCUAAACUGUAGAGUCUAACAAGGGAAAUAGCAUUUGAAUUGAUGAGCCAGUUUUGCAAGAACAUUGUUUAAUAUCACCCAGCACACUAUGGUGAUAAAAAGCCUCCCUUUGUUAAUGUUAGUUUGAGUGAUGCUACAAACUGGAACUGCAUAAUCAGAAUGUUUAGUGCCAGUAAGCGUCCCUGUAUUAUUACAAAUUUGCUACAUAGUAUCUAGGCAAACCUCCCUUCUAUGAUCUGUUUUGUUAUUUUUAUUUUCCAUCCUUAGGUAUACUUUAUUAUCUAUGGAAGAAUAGUAUUUUCUUCAAGUUAGCAUACAUUUACUAGUAAUUAUUCCUAAUAUAUAAUUAUACAAGCAUGAUGGUACACUGAUGACUAUUACUUUAGAUUGGAACUAUGAUGGCUGAGUCUAUCAAUUUGAAAUAUAUUAUUCCAUGGCUUUUAACUGCAUGUUAUUACAAUGCAAAUUUCUACCCAGCACUGAAAUAACUCUCUAUGUUGGCUCUGUUGAUUGUCUUCUCUGUUUACCUUUGACAUCUGCCCUUUCUAUGAUAUCUCAUAAGUUUAAAGCACACUUUCCAUGGUAUCAGGAUCAUGUUGUCUGGGAACUAUUAAUUUUUAAGAGCUGCAUUCUGGCAUUCAGUGCCAUAUCCUUAUUGGGAAGUUUCCAUCUGGAUUAUUUUGAGAACAGAGCUAACUCUGGAAUUUUCAGGGAACAUUACAUAGCCUUUGUGAGAAACUAAAAGAUAUUAAGAAAAACCAAACAGCACAUACUGGAGAAUUCGUGUUCAUGCAUAUUGGUGCUACUCCUUCAAAUUGUAUUAAUGCUUUCCUUUCUUGGUUACCUUUCAAAACAGAGCACUGUUCCAACAGUUCAAGUAAAAAUAUUAAA